CAGCCCCAGCCCCGGCCCCGGCCCGCAGCGGCGGCGGAGCGGCGGCGGGAGCGGCGCGGGGGCGGCGUUCCUUGUGGGGAGCCUGGAAGAACCUUCAGUAGAGCUGCUAACACUGAUGAGAGAUCUUUUAUGCCAAGGUCGCUGCUCUCUGCACAGCCCACACCAUGCGUGAGUACAAGCUGGUGGUCCUUGGUUCAGGAGGUGUGGGCAAGUCUGCUCUGACUGUACAGUUCGUUCAGGGAAUUUUUGUUGAGAAAUAUGACCCAACAAUAGAAGAUUCAUACAGAAAGCAAGUGGAGGUAGACUGUCAGCAGUGUAUGCUGGAGAUCCUCGACACAGCAGGGACAGAGCAAUUCACAGCCAUGAGGGACCUGUACAUGAAGAACGGGCAGGGGUUUGCACUAGUAUAUUCUAUCACAGCACAGUCCACGUUCAACGACCUGCAGGACCUGCGGGAGCAGAUCCUGCGGGUGAAGGACACCGAGGAUGUUCCCAUGAUCCUGGUUGGCAAUAAAUGUGACCUGGAGGAAGAACGAGUCGUGGGCAAAGAGCAGGGGCAGAACUUAGCACGACAGUGGUGUAACUGUGCCUUUCUAGAAUCGUCUGCAAAGUCGAAAAUCAACGUAAAUGAGAUCUUUUAUGACCUGGUCAGACAGAUAAAUAGAAAAACACCAGUGGAAAAGAAGAAGCCUAAAAAGAAAUCAUGUCUGCUGCUUUAGACUCCCAUCAUGCAGCAGCUCUGAGCCAGAUUGCAGGAAUGAAGAACUGUUGCCUAAAUGGAAAGUGCCAGCAUUCCCAACUUCAGAACCUUAUGGAAACAAGUAACAUAUCGGAAGAAGCUUCUCCUGUUUUUUAUAUCCUGCAGGAAGAAUUUAGAUCUUAAAAAUGGUUUGCACACAGCCCCUGGAAAAAGCAGUUGCUCUGUGUAUAUCUCUUGGAAAUGAAAGCCAAUAUUCCUCCUCCUUUGCAAUAGCAAUUAACAGAUGUGAAAAUAAAUAUAAUUGACUCUAGCAUAUGAUUAUCCCAAGGAGCAUGGAUGCAUUUCAAAUGUUAGAGAUUGCUACUAUAAUUAAAAUUCAUAUUGACCAUUUUAUCAUAAUUUCUCCCCAUCAAGCACUAAAAAUGUUCCACUGUUAUAUUUUAUAUCUAUAACUAUAGAUAUAUAUUAUCCAAAAUUUCCCUUUGAACUCACUGCAACAAAUAACUUUUUGAGUCAUUGACUUCAUUUUAUAUUUAAAAGUUACGGAAUAUCAUUAUUUUCAUUCUGCCAUUGUAUUCUAAUUAAAAAUGUUUGUGCAUAAUGCUUUGGAAAAAUGGGUCUUUUAUAGGAAAAAAAACUGGGAUAACUGAUUUCUAUGGCUUUAAAAGCAAAAAUAUAUAAUAUACUAAACCAACUCUAAUAUUGCUUCUUGUGUUUUACUGUCACAGAUUAAAUUACAGCUUUUAUGAAUGAUUAAAUUUUAGUACAUUUU